AUGGAUCCAUUUAUAAUUACUGCUAUUAUUAGCGCAAUAGUUAUCGUUGUUCUAUCUGUUGCUUUUAGUCGAGUUGUUUCACAAGUAAAACCCCAAGCUGGUGCACGACCGAGAGCAGUUGUACAAAGAGAUGGAGGUCCUGGUAGAGUUCAAGCUGUUCGUAAUCAGAGAGCUAGGAUGAGAGCAAAUGCUGCUCGCAACCAAGCAGCUGCAUUUGACGAGGAGGCUGAAGCUGUUGAGGAGCCAGAUGAAGACAACCCUCAAGAAACUCAGAAAAUAGAAUUUGAUGACAAAAUGGGUGCAAAGAAAAGAGCAAAGUUAGAAGCUAAAAUGGAAAAGAAAAAAGCAAGGGAGGCUGAAGAACAAAUGAGAGAGAUGAAAAAGAAAAGAGAUGAUGAAAUGGAACAGGAAAGAAAGAAAGUAGAAGAAAAACAAGAGGAAGAAGAACGACAACGCGAGGAGGCAGAACGCAAGGCAGAAGAAGAACGUAAAAAACGCGAACAAGCAGAGUAUGAGGCCUUAAAGGCAGCCUUCACUGUAGAAGGAGAGGGAUUUGAGGAAAAUGAAGAAGAGGACAAGGAGAAUUUAUUGAAGGACUUCAUUGAUUAUAUAAAGGCACAAAAAGUUGUUUUACUUGAAGAUUUGGCAGCACAUUUUAAAUUGAAGACGCAAGCCGCCAUUGACCGGAUAACAGAUUUGCAAGCUUCUGGGGACCUCACUGGUGUUAUAGAUGACAGGGGAAAAUUCAUUUACAUAUCACAAAAAGAACUAGAAGAUGUAGCGAAGUUCAUAAGACAGCGCGGAAGAGUUUCAAUAACCGAUUUAGCAGAAUCCAGUAACGAAUUGAUAAACUUAAAUCCUGUAAUUGUAUCCUAG